AGUCCUGUUAAUUUGUUCAGUAACUUGAUGUCCCAUAUUUCCACUGAGCUCUUAAGAAAAACAGCUCUCAUCAGCAAUACGUCAACGUCCUAAUUGUUAAAUAUUUUACUUCCGGUUUUGUUCACCCGCUUCGCACGACGUCACUGACCCCUACAGUCUCUCGUGCGUGUUACAACGCCGUGCAACACUUAAAACACAACAUUGCCAACAUUUAGCUAUAAGUAAUUUUACCAAAUUGAGUAAGUGUUUUCGAACGUGACUUCAUUGCAAGUAACGACCUACUGACACCCUCGAGCCUGACGCGGAGGAAGACACUGCUUAUGAAAGAAUCCAAGUCAAGUGUGAAGUCUUUUGAGGACGAGUCUCAAGUCAAGUCUCAAGUUACUGUGUGCACCUCCAGUCCAAGUUGCAAACUCGCGUUCCAGUCUCUGAGCCACGGCUCCUUGGAUGGGAUCCCAGUCCCUUUGGUGAUUAUCUGACUUUUCCUCUAGCGCCAACAUUAAAGACUGAAAACAAAGGAUACGGAGACAGAUAGCUGGACAGAGGGACAUUCACAGAAUCAGAGAGAGGGAUGGCAGUGGAGGAGAAGCCGGGUGUGAAGAGCAGCAGCUCCAUCGUCCCUUGCUUCCUGUUUGUAGAGCUGGUGAUAAUGGCUGGGACGGUGCUGCUGGCUUACUACUUCGAGUACACGGACACCUUCCCCGUGCACAUCCAGGGCUUCUUCUGUUAUGACAAGACCUUCUCCAAGCCCUACCCCGGUCCGGACGACACCAGCAAGAUCCCGCCUGUGCUCAUCUACUCGCUUGUCACAGCCAUCCCCACCAUUACGAUUCUUGUUGGAGAGCUGUGUGCUUUCUUCACCAAGGCAGAGGGAACCCAGGAGAAGACCAUUGUUACUGCAGACUGCUGCUACUUCAACCCCCUACUGAGACGCAUAAUACGCUUCCUAGGUGUCUACGCCUUCGGCCUGUUUACCACCACUAUCUUCGCCAAUGCCGGCCAAGUAGUGACAGGAAACCAGACGCCUCACUUCCUGUCUGCCUGCCGCCCAAACUACACAGCGUUAGGCUGUCAGUCCACCAUGCAGUACAUCGCAGAGCGCCGUGCCUGCACGGGAAACCCACUGAUUGUCAUGUCUGCACGUAAAUCCUUCCCAUCGAAGGACGCGGCGCUCAGCGUCUACUCCGCAGUGUACACAGUGAUGUACGUGACACUGGUGUUCAAGACCAAAGGAACGCGGCUUACCAAGCCCACCAUCAGUCUCACCCUGCUCUGUCUGGCCAUGCUAGUGGGCGUGGUCAGGGUGGCUGAGUACCGCAACCACUGGGCCGACGUCCUGGCGGGAUUCUUCACCGGGGGAGCCAUCGCUGUGUUUUUGGUGACUUGUGUGAUUAACAACUUCCAGCAGAUGCAGCCCAGUCCUCCUCCACCACGACCCCAUCGCCCCGAGUCCGUGCUGGGCAUGCCCAUGGUGUCGCUGCCCUGUGUGGAGAGUCCACUCGAAAAGUUAAGUGGCACUCAGCAUCCUGCACUCUCCUCCUCCUCCACGCCUUACAGCGCCUACGUCCAACCAUUCUAACCAACUUUAAAUCAUUUUUGCGUGUCAUUGUCACUCUUCGCUAUCCCGUCAUCCGUUGCCUUAUUUCUGUUUUGGCUCUAUGCAUCUGUUUUCUCCUCUUUCCCGCCCCUCAUCCUGUGCAUUGCUCUUGAUUAUUCUUUUCUUCACUUUUCUCUCUCCUUCGCCUUCCCCUUCCUCUCUCUUUCUCACUCCUCUCUUUCCCCUGCAGACUCCGCGGGGAUCUCCGUUCACCGAGAUCACAUGACCAUCAGCCCUAUCGGUUCCCCGCCACCCCCGAUGUCCUCAUACCGUCUCGCUCCAUUUCCAGCGAAGUCUAGACCAGUCGGAGCAGCACUCGCCGCACUGCGCCGCCCAUCCGGCUGGGCGGUAUGCAACGCUGCACCGCUCCUAUUCCACACAGGUCUAGAUCUCCCCUCACACACACACACACACUCUCUCACACACACACACACACACACACACAAUCUUGCUGCCCUCUCAACCCCUGGGGAACCGAUAGGCAAACUCCUCCAAAACUCUCUCUUUGCUGGACACCCAGCAAAGUAAAGAACUAAACAUUCAGCACAGAGUCAGGUGCAUCUCUGUCUUUUUUUUUUAAGUAUUAUAAUUUAGGACUUUUGUUGAAACUUUUUUGUAUAAACUCUGUCACACGGAGCUCACUUUCAUUUUCAGUGGUGCACUUUGAAUGGAGAAAAACAUCAAAACUGUGACCACAGCUGUUUUUUUUGGGGUUUUUUUUACGAUGGUGUGAAUGAAUUUUCACCCGUAUGAUGGAGGCGUGUGUGCUGAAACUCGAACGCAAUGUUGAACUCCCUGUGUGACUCCCAGGACGCAGCUUUGAUGUCUGCUGUCAGGAGGUUGCCAUGUUGGACCAAAGAAACCUGCUGAAGGAUACGUGUGCUGCUGAGAUUUAACUGUGAAAACACCCUUUUAGCAAGCCAUACACACACACACACAUACACACACACUCUUUUUUCCUUGGUUCCUUUUUAUACCUUCUCUCCUUAUCUCAUCCCAUUCACACACACACACACACACACACACACACACACACACACACACACACUGUAGUCUGAGUAUCAGUGUCCUAGUCAGCUCUGCAUGAGGUUUACUCAGAUCAAAGAAUUCAUUUCAUAUCUCUCAGUACCAGACAAAAGCAAACAGGAUGAAAGUACCGACAUCUUCACUUGGCUUUCUUCUUCAUGGUUUUUUGUCUCAGAUGAUUGCAGCUUCGCCAGAAACCGAUGUGAAAUGCAAACACAUUUGAUAAGACAAAGGCAAACUCCCAAAUGCAGGUGGCACAACAGCGAGCCGAAUAAAGUGCACCGCAUACAGGAGCAAGCAGUUGUCGCUUUGUGUACUUUUCAGACGAGGAGCCUCUCUAAAAAACACUCUCUGUGAUUCCGACAGGAUUUUUAUUAUUUUUUUGGGUGGGGGGGUUAUUUCACUCACGGACGGCAUUGCUCACCCUGAACUGGAAUUUUUUUUUUCACCAAAUCUUGAAAGGAUUUGCAGCAGACUGCCCGCGUCAUGUAAUUAUUGUGAUUAAUUUCUGAGAUUUUAUUAACACAUUUAUUUAUUGACAUGUAUAUACAGUGUAGUUGUCAUAAGCGCACCAUGUUGGGUGACAGUUUUGCUGAUUUUGAUUUGCACACUCCCUCAAUUCAAUGUAUUCUAUUCUCCUUCCUCCUCUUCCUCCCUCAACACAUCUGUUUACAACGUGUUAUCUCUCUUCUCAUGGUGCAAUACAUCACUGUGCUGUGAAAUGUUUCCCUCUGCUGGAUCACACACACACGCAUACACACACACGCAUACACACACACGCAUACACACACACACACACACACUAACACACACAGAGUUUUGCAGAGCGCACAUAUAUUCAGAUAUAUUCCAAAGCACACACCUGCACAAUCCCACUUAUAGCCUAGGUGUUACUGUACUUUCCUUCUCUUUAAUCCAACACUGAAACCCAUUUGUAUGAUAUUGUACAUAACUCUUUUUUGUAUCGAGAGUGUGAUUUUUACACAGGCAUCACCAACAUUCAAAAAAUGUUGUAUUUAUUAUAACGACAGAGAACAGUGUGUAUGGAGGUGCUGAACCACUCUGAACCAUCACUGGAUUGGCUGGAACACACCCAGAUGGCACACUCUUUGAAUCAAACUAUGCGCCCCACUGCACCGAGGUUCACCUGGGAGAGUUUCUCAUAGUUUAAAACAUACUGUGUGUUCAUAGAGUUUAUGAAGUUGAAACCUUUUCCGUUUUGAGUUGUCAUGGAAGCGUAACUGGUGGAACUGAAUCGGUUUUUCCCUCUUUUGUUGUCAAAUUUUCUGACAUGUUCAUGGACUGUGAACACACUUACAUGUUACAUUCUCAAAUUAUAAUAUUGUCUCUAACUUGUUAGCAUAUUGCUUAUUUACACAUGCAGCAGACACAGAGCAACAUUUGGAGUCGUAUUUCCGUCCACCGGAUGAAAAUAAAUCGAUAGUCACUUGACUGUUUCUCUUUCCACCAACUUGUAACAAAAAUAUCAUUGUCUGUCUGCAGUCCAGUGCUGGGCAGAUAGCAUACGGUGGGUUAAUCACAGCUACCAGCUGCUGCUACCAAACGAAUUUCAUGUUGAGACUGAACAAAACAGUGCAGUUAAACCAAACCAAUCAAGACGCUAAAACGCUUCAGAGAGCUCCUCUCUAUUACCCGUCACCUUAUACAUUCAUUUAAAUUCAUUUAAUUAGUGCAACUUUAAGAAUCAAAAA